CUAGAACAUUUAAUACGAAGUAGCGCGCGUGAGAAGUAAUUUAAAGGGGAAGAGAUCAGUUCUCCAAUAUGUUACUGCACAUAUUCCCGUAUUUCCUAUUUUUUAAUUUGUGCCUUUCUUCAGGAUGUGUUGGAAUAUUAAAAUCCGAAUUAGACGAAGAAAGUGACGUACAAACGGCCGUUACCGUAAAUGUAUCGCUAACUUUAGAAGAAAUCCAAUUUGUCAGCGCUACGAAUAUGGAAUAUGAGGUUACACUAUUGCUCCACCAACGCUGGUUGGAUCCAAGACUCGACAACAACUUGUGUACGCAGCAAAAGGCGGUGAAUGGGCAAAUUUGGCGACCGAAAAUUACCCUUGUAAAGGGUUGCUUGAAAAUUUGCAAUAAUGUUGAUGACACCCAAUUUUGGCGUGGUUUCGGUAGUAAGGGAAACGUGCUUUUGAGUGAAAAGGUGACGGUCCGCUCCUCGUGCACUCGGGAUUUUCGCCGAUAUCCGUUUGAUAUUCAAAUUUGCGAGUUGAAAUUUGGAAGUUAUGUUUUUCCGGUUGACGAAAUAGAGCUAAAUUGGGAUCGAAAUCCCAUAAAAAUACUAUCACGUACGGAUUUAGACACAUUUGAGCUAACCAACGUAACCACAUAUAGUGAAAUAGACGUACGUCCGUCGGGGAACUUCCGAAUUUUGGCCGUCCAAUUUUUUGUAAAGCGGUAUUUUACAAAUUACGUGAUGUCGAUAAUUAUAUCCGGAAAUUUGCUAGUUACGCUCAGUUACGCAUCAUUUUGGAUCAAUCGCGAACGGAUCAACUUUCGUCUUACGAUGUGUUUGUCAAAUAUAGCCUUUUUGAUUUACCUGCACGUCCAUUCUUGCAGUAACACUUUAAUUAACGCGCUAGAUCUAUUUUUUGUAACUUGCUUAAUAUUUUUAAUCUUCUCAUUAUUCGGAAAUUGUCUAGUUAGCUACUUGUUGUCGAUGAUUCAUGUCGUCGACAAAGGAAAUCGUAAUCACCAGAGAAGCAUAAUUUUGGUACAUCGCUGGAUUAAGAUACUGUAUCCUGUCAUUUAUCUCUCCUCAUUCUUACUUUAUUCAUAUAGCGUUAUAUAUUAAUAAAUUUUGUAAAUUCAAAUACA